UUAAACUGGACCUGAAUGAAACUGUCUUGCAGGUUUGUGGAGGCGGGAACACGACGUCCUGCUGAACGGAGCAGUGCUCGUCUCGGCGAGUUGACUGAUAGCAGCAGGUGGCAGGAAGCAGAGAAGAGGCGGCGACAACACGAGACGUUAGGCAUGUGUGAGAGGUCCAAGAUCCACAUCUUCCUCGGGGCUCCUCCUCCCCCCUCCUCUGUGUCUGAAGCUGGUGACGAGACUCAGGAUCAGCCCCCUGCUGGGUGGAGCCACCUGGAGCUCACCUGGACAGACGGACGUCUGAGGCCUGUAACAGAGGCAGCAGGAAGCAGAAGGGACGAUGUAGAUGCUGAUCGAUCUACGCAGAGUUCACAAGUCCCCGAUGAUCGAUCAAAUACUGACCAGGAUGACGCUUCAACUGAAGCGGGUUGGACCACAGAGACGUUGGGAGGACGGGAAGAAGGAGCACGAAUAAGCUGCGACUUGAAAACAGACCAGAAGAAUCUGUGCUCCGAUGAUCACCAACCUGCAGCAAGAUUUCUGAGCCGAGAUGACGAAUCUGAUUUUGAAGAGGAAGAUCGAUGCUCGGCCUCAGUUCUUGAGUAUCUGGACAACUGUUUCCCUGCAGCUCAACCAGAUCCACGAGAACCUGAACCUCCACAUCAAUGUACGUACCAGCCGCUGUGCACCAACACUCAGUACCUCACUACCUGGACACUGAGUCAGGCUGUAAUCCUGAGAGGCAGGCGCAGCACCCAAUCAGCAAGCAGCCCUGACAAAAACCUGUCUCCACAAACCACGCCCAAACACACCCAAGUGUCCCCGUCCGUUUCCUCCAGCACGCCGGAGCUCUUCAGCCCGGUGCCCUCGUCACCUGGAGCCUCUGCUGAGCUCUUCAGUCAACUCUGCUCAACCCCGAGAGUGGAGGAGGGGGGCGUCGUCCUCCAGGUCAACGCAGACUGCGUGCUGUGCUCUCAGGAGGCUGUGCCCUCAACCACUCAUGACUCCCCUGCCCAGUCCCCCAAAUUCAAGAAAGCUCGACUCUCCAGAGAGUCAGCUGGUACCGAGGGGACAUCGGGCCGCACCACAGCCGGGCUCCAAGGUCCCACCACAACCCUGGUCUGGUGUCGCAAACCGGGGGUGCGGUACUCGGUCCUGGUGGCAGUGGUUCAUCCCUGUCACCUGAAGGAGGUCAAGGUUAAGUCGGGACCAUCAGCGGGUUCUUUUGUCCCUCUGGCGUCCAUCGUGGUGACGGACCAGUCAGGUAUUGAGAUGAAGGUGGUCCUGUGGCGCCGGGCGGCGUUCUGGGCUUUGACUGUGAGUCCUGGAGACAUUCUGCUCAUCACAGGACUCCAAGUGAAUGAAGACAAGUGGCGAGGAGAGACGGUGCUGCAGUCCACCUUCUGCAGUAAGCUGCUCAACCUCGGACAAAUCACCACCUCCACCUCACCACCAGCUCUGCAGCAUGUCGACGCUCGCUCUCUCAGCUCUCUGUGUGGAUACCUUCGAGAGCGACGCCCUCUGCUGCUGUCUCUGCCUCACCACGCCCCUCAGGACCUGAACCGCCUCCCAUACGCCACCCUGAGGUCACUGAGAGUCAACACGCUGGUCCACGCCCUGCUGCGCGUCACAUGCACACACAUCAGCUCAGAGUGGCGGACUGAGGCAGACUCUUGCUGGAGGUCAGCAGUUCAGUUGAAAGCUGUUCUGACUGUGGAGCAGCCGGACGGCCACCAGGGGACGCUGCUGCUGUGGGGAGCUGCUGUGGACUGGCUGCCUCGCUUCAACAGAGACAGAGCGGUUGUGUGGGAUUUCCACACCCUCCUGGUGAGGGAGGGUUUGACCUCCAACGUCCCUGAGCUGCACUCCACCCCCUGGAGCUCCAUCCGGCCCCUGGACCCCACCGACCGGCGGGCGCAGCACUUCCUCACACCUCGAUGCAACCACAGAGGAAACAGCUGCAGUCUGGAGCUGGACCUCGAGACGCUGCUGUCUCAGAAAUACAGCGGUGAUGUGGAGCUCAGAGUCCACGUCACCGCCUUCCACUUCCAGGACGCUCCAUCCUCCCAGAAUGCACAUCAGCCGGUCCUGGACGGCUCCACACCAUUGGACGUUAUCCUGGAGGCCUUGAGUGGCGACGUCACCUACACUGGCUGUGGUCGCUGCUCUGCAGAGCUCGGUACAGACACCAACGGCAUCUACAGCCCCUGUUACCCCUGCCUGCCCCACACGGCCGUACGCCGCUUUUACAGGCCAGGUGUGCUGACUGUGAGUGGGCGGGGCUACAGUCAGGUGUGUGUUCAGGUUCCUCCUGUUCCUCUGGAGACGAUCCUCAGGGCUCCGCCGGAUAAACUGCUCAGGAGCUCGGAACCUGCUGAGCAGAGAAGUGUCUCCGAACGAACACGUCCGACCUUGAGGUGGACGAUCACCAGCAGAGACCACGUCAGCCUCCGCUCCUCUCAGCCAAUCACAGACAGACUUUUCUUUACCUGUCUCCUCUCAGCCAAUCACAGACAGACUUUUCUUUACCUGUCUCCUCUCA